AUGGCGACAAAGUGUGUACAUAAAGGAUGUGGAAAGGCGUUCACAGAUUCAGACGAGCCAUGUAGCUAUCACCCUGGACCGCCCGUCUUCCACGAGGGCCAAAAAGGUUGUCGGCUCUGGCCUCGUAACCACGUACUUACUGUGACAGGCUGGAAAUGCUGCAAGCCUCGCGUUCUCACUUUCGAUGAGUUCAUGAACAUCCCACCCUGCACAACCGGCAAGCACAGCACUGUCGAUGACACACCCACACCAGAACCACAGCCCAGCAACGAGGAUAUUGAAGCCAAGAUCAAAGCACAAAAGGAAAACCAAGAUAGCUUGCCGCCGGCGAUAGCGCGGAAUCCGGUCGCCGCCCAACCAGCGCGGCCGACACCUUCACCCGCACCACCAGAUGUGGAAGAGGACGACGAUCCAGACCUCCCCGUUCCAGAAGGUGCGGCCUGCAAGCGGAAAGCCUGCGGAGCAUCUUACAAGGCAGGGCAGAGUAGAGAGGGCGAGGACUGCGUGCAUCAUCCGGGCCGAGCACUGUUCCAUGAAGGCAGCAAAGGAUGGACGUGCUGUAAGCGGCGCGUGCUGGAAUUUGACGAAUUCAUGAAAAUACCCGGCUGCACGACCAAAAAGCGGCAUUUGUUUGUCGGAGCGAAGAAAGAUCCGAACGCAGAGGAGCUGGUAAACGAAGUGCGGAACGACUUCUACCAGACAGCCAGCACUGUUAUAGCGUCGCUGUAUUUGAAGAAGAUCGAGAAAGACAGGUCACGCGUGGUAUUCGCGGAUGACAGGACGGUGGAGCUGGAUCUGCAUACGAGCGAUCAUAAACAGUAUAAAACGAAUCUGAGCACAUUCGGCACGAUAGUGCCAGACAAGAGCAGUUUCAAGAUCAUGGGCACUAAGCUGGAAUUGACGCUUGCUAAGGCAGACGGGGUAGGUUGGCCGGUAUUACGAGCAGACGAUCCGCAUACAGGCGAGAUCAUCCAAGCUGGAAGGGCUAGCCGAGUUUGA